GUACUGAUACUAGAGGCGGUUGGCGGCCCCUCGGCAGCUUGGCGCGCGUCCUCUGGUCCGCCUCUCCGCUCGCCGCAGCCGAGGCUCCUCCUUCGUCCAGCCUCCAGGGCGGGGUCUGUUAGCUUGCCCUACCCUCGCCGCCUAAUCCUGCCCUCCGCCAGACGGGUCCCCUCCCCGCGGCACCACGGCUUCCCUUCAACAGCACGGCGAAGGGGGCUUCCCCUCAGCAGCAGCCGCUGCCUCAGUCUCCGCAGCCGGCCAAGCUCCGCCGCGUCCGCGGCCCCCGGCCGCCAUGCAGUUUAUGUUGCUUUUUAGUCGUCAGGGAAAGCUGCGGCUGCAGAAAUGGUAUGUCCCACUCUCAGACAAAGAGAAAAAGAAGAUCACAAGAGAACUUGUUCAAACCGUUUUAGCUCGGAAACCUAAGAUGUGCAGCUUCCUUGAGUGGAGAGAUCUGAAGAUUGUUUAUAAAAGAUAUGCCAGUCUAUACUUUUGCUGCGCUAUUGAGGAUCAGGACAAUGAACUGAUUACCCUGGAAAUAAUCCAUCGUUACGUGGAAUUACUUGACAAGUAUUUUGGCAGCGUGUGUGAACUUGAUAUCAUCUUUAAUUUUGAAAAGGCCUAUUUUAUUUUGGAUGAAUUUCUUUUGGGAGGAGAAGUUCAGGAAACGUCCAAGAAAAAUGUCCUUAAAGCAAUUGAACAGGCUGAUCUCCUGCAGGAGAAAACAGAGAAUAUGUUUCCCAGCAAGAGUAUCAUUGGGUAUAAGAAAGCGUACUAGAAUACGAGCUGGAGUACAGACAUGCAUCAAAAUGUAGUAGGCUAUAUGAAUUCAGUUUUAAUUAUAAUUUUGUCAAGUUUAUUAUUUGUAUUUUGGCAUUAUUUGGAAAGUUAAUUGCAUUUAAAUCCCAAUUAUUAUUUCAUUAAAUUGAUGCUUUGUAGGAAAUUUUUCCCUAUAAUAACCCCAAAUUGGGAUAACUGAUUUACUGCUGAGAGUCACUGACAAAGAAUUUCUAAGCAGUACAGCAAAUCAGUAACGCUGUUAGUACAGAAUGGAACUCUCCCUGGGGAAUGAACACUUCUGUAUGGACAUGAAGCACUGGGCGUUUGUUACUAAUAUUACUUUACUUGCUUAUCAUUAUACUAGUCUAAAUGGGAAAAGGGCAGCUUUUAUAGCCUAAUAUUUUAGAGUUCCAACUUUAAAAUCAUCUGGGAUGCUGGAAGGUCCACUUAAGACCCUACCUCGGGUUAUUUUGUCACUUUUUGAUGUGAGAACAUCUAACAUGUUGUUAGAUGGAUUUGUAGGCAUAGACAUUUAACAAACUUGGGGAAUUCCUUAGAAUAAUUUUGAGGACUUAAAAAAAUUAAUCUUUAGCCUGAAAGUCACAUUUGUUUUAGCUAAGUCAACAAUUAAAAGCUUUCCUAGGCACUUAAUACCAUAUAGUGACUAGUUUUAACUUGUUCUUGGGGAAACUUUUUCUCUGGAAUCUUUCCUUAUUGUGACAGGACCCUAUAACACACAGGUGAAAAGGGAAGCGCUUUAACUGACCUUGCCGCUAAUUGGCAUUGACUGCAACUGGCAAUCUUUUCAGCUUGGUAGUAAAUACAGUGCUUUAGGAUUCUGUAGAAUGUAGGUCAUCUUGUUUACUGUUACAUACCAUGAACUUGAAAAAGAUAAAUCUGAACUGGGCAUUUUUUUUUAAGAAUGUAAAUGUUCAGCCAGAACCCAAAGAACAAAAGCAAACCUGAUGCUUUAGAUAUCUUUACUGUAAACUAAAGAAUCUCACAAUUUGAUUGUGUCUCCAUCAGCUUGUGUACUGUGUGUAAGAAUAUAUGCAUUUCUUUUGUAGCCACGGCAUGAAUAUUUUAAUGUCCCUGUGUACUAAGUGACUGCUCAUCGACUAUGCAGAAUUUCACAGAGGAAAUAGAGAACUGAUACACUUAUGAAAGAAAAUGUCCUCAGCUUGGUGACUAAAAGAUAAAAAGCAUCUUAGAGCUAGUACCUUUAUGAUUGUAUUUUUUUCUGUGCACAUUCCUAAUUCUAUUUUCAUUCUGUAUAUAAUAUUGAUAUAUAGUUUAUUUCUGUCUACUACUGUUUUCUUCUUGACAAAAAUAUGACUUGUGAAUAUUUUGAUUAAUAUCCUAAACACAUACAAGUUAUUGUUAGUAAACCAUCUGUGAUUAAUGUUAUGAGAGUAUAACAGAAAGGCUGGGCAAUCACAAAUGUUUACCAAAGAAAAUAGUUAGGAACUCAGGCAAUGUUAGCAGUACCACAGCAUUUAGUCCAUUGUGUGUUGAAGAAAACCAAGCUUUAUUUAACACUAAGAUUAUUAGUCUAUAUGAGCUAAUAUGUUCGACUGUAUCACAUAACAGUAUAUGUUGAAGCAAUAUAAUUCAAACACUGAAUUUUCAAGAAAUUUUGUAGUGCCAAUAUUUAUUGAGCCACAUGUAUGCAGUGUCAAAUGGUCCCUUUGACUAUCAGAAAGCUAUGUCACAAAGUCCCCUGAAAUGUCUGUUGCUCGGUAACAACUCUUUUGAAGUAGUAAUACUGAGCCUAUUUACAUAAGAAAAUUUUGAUAUUCAUUUUCAGUAUCCAAACAUUUUUAUUCGUUAGUUAAUGGCUUCCUAAUUAAUAUAUUAAGCCUUCUAAACACUCAGUGCUAUGUUAACUAUGGUUGUAUAUUUUGAAAUACUAAAAGCUUUUAAUAUUAAUUUUAUAGAAAUAUGCUUUUAAAAACAUUUAGCAUAUUUUAUUAUAAAAAGUACCAGAUAACUCAUUGUUUAUAUUUAGAGAAUUUAGAGCCUAAGUAAAUUAUCAUUAAACAAUAACUUCAGAGGCAUGGUGGGGCAUGACUGUCAUCCUAGCACUUGGGAGGCUGAGGCAGGAGAUGAAUUACUAUGUUACCGAGGAAGUCCUUGUCUCAAAAGACAAAAAAUAAAUAUGCCAAAAAAUACCCAAACCAGUUUCUCACCGAAAGAUCUGUGAAAAUGUUUUAGGAAACGUAGUAUCAGGCAGCUGUGUAGAUCAACUAUCUCCAUUACCAUCUGAAGCAUCACAAAACAUUGGUCUUUCAUUUCCAUUUUUUCCAUCCUCCCACCUUACAUGUUGUUCAUCUGAUUUUAAUGUUGCAUAAAUAUGCAUUGUCUCAUGCCUGUUUGUUUUGGAUGCUGUGUGCUGAGCUGUAACAAAAUGUUGCGCUUUUUUUUGAGGGGGUGGGGUAUCUGUAUACAGCUGCUUGCUUUAAAUUAGCAGAUUCUGAAAUAGCUUUUCUUGCAUGUCUAAAAUAAAGUAUUGCAUGUACUUUGUCUCA